UGAUUGAACAUUAGUCCCGUUGAGAGGCGGGUGCGGAGUAGGAAGGGGGGAGUCACAAGAGGAAGAGGAGGAGGAAGAGAAGUGGGGUGUGCGGAGGGGCGGUGAGGAAGAAAAUAACGGCGCAUCCUCGCGGCUCAGCAGCAUCCCGACCACGCCGCCGCAGUUCGGAAAGUCCUGCCAAGUUUUCUCCAGAGAGGCCGCCGCGCGCGCGUGCCGCGGCCGAUGGAGCCGCGCGCCUCCGAACUUCCAGCUCCGCGGUACUUUUCCAGGGAGAAGUACGAGAGUGAGCGCCGCGCGCCUUGACACGGAUAGGAACCCGCGCGGCCCGGACUGGUUCCGUCUUUCUGACGAAACUUUCCGAACCCAGACUUAGCUAACCAUAAGAGACAACACGAAGCACAAGCAAAGGGAUCUCAUCUUCAGCCAUGGAGACCUCUCCGCCGAGAUCUGCUCCGAAAAAGGACAAAAUGGACGGUAGCAGCUUCGCCGACCUUCCGAAGAAAGCCCCUCCAUCUGAAACUCGAGCCCCCCACCACCUCUUCCCCACUUUCCACACGCCAAUCCCCAUCGACAUGCGGCACCACGAGGGCCGCUACCACUACGAGCCCCACGCGCUGCACGCAAUGCACAGCUCUGCAGGUUUGAGUGGCACUCCCGUCAUCUCGGACCUCUCCCUGAUUCGCCUCUCCCCCGCUGCCAUGGCAACCGGCGACUCCCCAUUCAGCCCGCCGCACCCAUACGUCAGCCCUCAUGUGGAGCACUAUCUACGCUCGGUGCACGGCAGCCCCACCUUGUCCAUGAUCUCCGCCGCCAGAGGACUCAGCCCCGCAGAACUGGCCCACGAACAUUUGAAGGACCGAGGGCUGUUUGGGCUUCCUCCUCCCCCAGCUCCUCCUCCUCCUCCCGGAGCCAGUGCGGCAGAGUAUUACCACCUGAUGGCGAGCCACCGGAGCCCCUACAGUGAGCUGCUCGCACAGGGGGCCACAGGGGGGGCCCACCUGUCCGACUACAUCUCCCCGAUUGAUGUGUCGCGCUUCUCCAGCCCCAGAGUGACCCCUAGAAUCAGCAGGAAGCGGGCUCUGUCUAUCUCGCCACUAUCAGACGCCAGCAUCGACCUUCAGACCAUGAUCCGCACCUCACCCAACUCCUUGGUGGCCUACAUUAACAACUCGCGCUCCAGCUCUGCGGCCAGCAGCUCCUACGGACAUCUGUCUGUGGGAGGUCUCAGCCCCACCUUCCCGUUCCCUCACCACAUUAAUCCCAUGGCCUACCAGCAGCUCCUCUCCCAGCAGCGGGGGCUGAGCGCCUUCGGCCACACUCCGCCUCUCAUGCAGCCCCCGGCCACCUUCUCGAGCCGCCAGACCAGCCUCAGCCUCUCCUCCACCAUGCACAACAGCAACCCAACAUCCAAGAACCCCGGAGGAGACCCAGCCGUCAGCAGCACAGGUGAACCCAUGAUCCACAAAAGGUCAAAGGUGAAGUCGGAAGCAGAAGGACUGAGGCCAUCCUCUCCUCAUUCACCGAACCAGCAAAGUAGCUUGUUGGACCUGAAGGAGGACGUGGACAGAGACGAGUAUAAGCAGGAGCCCGAGGCGGUCUACGAAACCAACUGUCACUGGGAAGGCUGCAGCAAAGAGUACGACACUCAAGACCAGCUCGUGCACCACAUCAAUAAUGACCACAUCCACGGAGAAAAGAAGGAGUUUGUGUGCCGCUGGGAGGACUGUUCGCGGGAGCAGAAGCCUUUCAAAGCUCAGUACAUGCUGGUGGUUCACAUGCGCCGGCACACCGGGGAGAAGCCACACAAGUGCACGUUUGAAGGAUGUGCUAAGGCAUACUCCCGUCUGGAGAACCUGAAAACUCACCUGCGCUCGCACACGGGCGAGAAGCCGUACGUCUGCGAGCACGAAGGAUGCAACAAAGCCUUCUCCAACGCUUCCGACCGAGCAAAGCACCAGAACCGAACUCACUCCAACGAGAAACCGUAUGUCUGCAAGAUCCCCGGCUGCACCAAGCGUUACACGGACCCCAGCUCUCUCAGGAAACACGUCAAAACCGUUCACGGACCAGAGGCCCACGUCACCAAAAAGCAGCGCAGCGAUCUGCCACCACGGCCGCCGGGGCCCCGGGAGAACGGAGAAAAUGAGAUGAGCGGUCGGGAAAUGCUCCCGAAGGAAGACAAAGUGUCAGACCACAGCUCCCCCAGAGGCGUGGAGGACUACCUGCAUGUCAAAUCCAUCAAGACUGAAAACUCUGUGAUGCAUCAGCCCAGCCCUGGCAGUCAGUCAUCAUGUAGCAGCGAGCCAUCGCCACUUGGCACCAACCAUGACAGUGGAGUAGAGACGGCGGCGCACAGCGGGGGGAGCCUGGGGGAGCUCAGCCCCCUGGACGAUCUGCCGUUUGUGGAGUCGUUGGGGUUGGAGGAUUUCGCUGGAGGGGGGGCGGCCACCGUGGGGCUCCACCUCAGAAAGCAGCUCGGCAUGAGCCAGCACCUGCAGCACCUCAAAAAGGAAACGCUGAGGACAGUGAGAGAGUCCUGUCGAUGGGCCAGCAAGCCGACACCCCCAAUCCUCAACAGCAAGCUUCCACCCAUACCAGCAGGUGGGUCCCUCCUAGAGAAUCCAGGUUGGGGUGAUGGUCCAGCUCCCUUCCCUGGAUCCGGCUUGGGUGAACUGAGCUCCGGUAAAGCGGCGCGGCUCGGACGCGUGUCUGAGCGCCGUGACAGUUCUUCCAGCACCUUGAGCUCGGUCUACACCCUCAGCCGCCGCUCCUCCGGCAUCUCCCAGUGUUUCUCCAGUCGGCGUUCCAGCCAGACCUCGCCGUUCGGCACCAACCGCCCCAGCAACAACAGCUCGGCGGACUCCUAUGACCCCAUCUCCGCUGACAUAUCGCGCCGUUCCAGCCAGACUAGUCACUGUGGAAGGAGCAGUGGUGGACCUGGAGGGUGGGGAGGUGGCCUGCCCAGCCCCCUCAGCCUAACUCCAGCUCAGCAUUACAGUCUCAAGGCAAAGUACGCUGCUGCCACCGGGGGAGCACCACCCACGCCUCCUCCAUACAUGGAGCAAAUAGCUCUGAAGUCUCACAGGGCGCUGUUCCAGGACCCCCAGGACUCCUUCAUGAACAGGAACUGGGCCUCAAGACAGGACAGCAUCUCUCGAAGCCUGAUGCCCCAUGAAGUCCCAUCCAGCAUUCCCCGAAGAGCCAGUGAUCCAGUGCGACGCCUUGAUCCUCUUAGUCAGCUGAACAUGCAGCGCUACAACAGCAUGGGUACUCUGAGGGGCGGGACAGCCAUCCAUCCCUACCCCCCUCCACCAGAAGAUCACCGACGUACAUCCCUGCAAGGCGGCAUGAGACUGGACCAUGGUUUGCGCCGUUACACCUACAGUCCACGGCCCCCGAGUAUCUUAGAGAACAUCCCUUGUGGAACUACAUCAACCAACAACAGAGGCGUGGUCGGUCAGCUGGACUACCAGGGAGCUCCGCCUGUCCCACAACAGGUAGUUCCCCAGAGAAAGACAACUGCAGUACAACUUUCUGCCUCAAGCAAGAGUCCAGGGCAACAGAUUAGUUCAUCAUCACUGCAGGUCAGUUCUACCGGUCCGCAUUGGGGCCAAGGCCCAGUGGACGACUUUCAGCGCUUCCCCAAAGCUCAGCCACAAAGUAACCUGGCUGUAGUCCCUCAAAAUCAAAACUUUGGACCAGGAGUAGACUACUUCCAGCAGUCGUUCAAUCUGAACGAGGACCCCAGCGCUCAGUACAGGUUUAACGCUGGCUCCUAUGACCAAAAUGGAAACACUAACCACUCCCCUUGUGCGAACAUGGCUGCAAGCGCCAUGCCGAGAUGCAAACAGGAGCCCCUCCACACAAACGUUGCUGAAUUUCAGUCCAUGCGGGUGAAAACAGACAACUGCGAUCCUCCAAAUAUCCUCUGCAAUCAAAAAAACUGCAACACAGUCCCCCACAACGGUGUUCCAACUUUUAACCAGAACUGUGUUCGUCCAAGACCGCCAACGGAAGCCAAGGCUUUUUCAGGCUCAAGGAUCCUGGGCACUUCUGGUUUAACCACGGGCGGAGUUUCAGGACACCGCUGUACCCCGGAUGACAACGUGUUGUACUACACAGGGCAGAUUCAAGUGUUUGAACCCAACGAAAACAUGGGCUGUUGUGUUUCUCCUGUGGAGAAUAUACCGUCUUUUGAAAACAGUGAAGCAGCCUCUACCUUAACCAACAACCAGGCACCCGUUACGCCAGCCCUGGAGCACGCUCAAAUCGACUUUGACAGCAUUUUGGACGACGGCGAUCACUCCAGCCUCAUGUCUGGAACUCUGAGUCCAGGACUGCUGCCAAGUUUGUCCCCAGGUUCCUCGCGCCUGACGACACCGAGGAACUCAGUCGCGUUGCCUUCGGUGCAGUCGGGAACAGGAAAUAUGGCCAUCGGGGACAUGAACUCGCUGUUGGCUGCUCUGGCAGAAGAAAACAAGUUCCUGAACAUGAUUUCUUAGUGAAGCGGAAAAAGGCUUCCAAAAAAAUAAAAAUAAAAAACUGGCAACAAAUGGAAAAGUUUGGAUUAAAAGUGACGUUGUAACUUCAAUUGAAAACAAAAAUGGCCAUUUUCUAUAUGUUGGAAAGCCAUACUUUAAAUCAAACUCUCCAUUGUUUUACCGUUUUACCAAGUGCCUGUCACACCAUGCUAGUCUGGCACACAUGAAAAUCGGUACACCAAAUGCACAAUUUUCCUGGCAAAAGGCUUCCACUCAAGGAGACGCUUGUGUUUUUCCUUUCCCAGCCCCCACCCCUACAUCCAGCCGUCACAGACUGCAUCAUAACUGCAGAGAUGAACUGUGACGUUUCACCUUCAGACCUGAUCUGUGACUGGAAUUCUGAUCCGCGGCUGCAGAAGCACAGAGGACGUCUUUGAAAAAAAUCCAGGAGGAAAAAAGGGUGUUAAGCUGUGUCAUUUUGUACAAUAUUGCAACAAUUUGUUGUGUUAGUAAAUUGUAAAUAUUAUUUGUACAUUUUUAAGAAAAAUACAAUAUGGACAGAUUUUUUGGAACCGUGGGGUGUCAGUGUUUUUUUUCCUCCCUUUUUCAGCCCAAGAAUUUUUUUAUAAAUUUACAUAUUUUGAUAGAUCAUUGCUUAUUUAAUAUUUGAACAGUAUUUUGGACUUCUGUGGAGA